UAUAAAAUAGCCUGGCCUGCUUCUCCCCGUGUCUACAACGCGAGUUAGAGCGAGAUUUAUUGCACUAAUCAUCGGUAUAAAACGUGCUUAAAAAAUCAUCGACGAUGUUCUCACCACUAAUGGCACAGUGGGGCAGCCUCAUCGAUCCCUUCCGAGGGUUCUCCCUCGAGGAGGACAGCUCUGAAGCCCGGAUGGAUUGGAGGGAGACGCCGGAUGCCCACGUGUUCGACGUGGACCUCCCGGGCCUCUCGAAGGAGGAGGUGAAACUCCAGCUGGUCCCCGAAGGAAGAGUCCUCCAGAUAACUGCGGAGAGGAAGGAGGAAGAAGAGGAAGGCAAAGGCGACAGGUGGCAUUGCAGGGAGAGGACGGAGCGUGGCGGCUACUUCAGGCAGUUCCGGCUGCCGGAUGAUGCGAAGGUGCACGAGAUAAAGGCGUCGAUGCAGGACGGCGUGCUGACCGUGGUCGUGCCCAAGGACAAGGAGGCGCAGCGCGGGAAGAAGAGUGACAAGGGACACAAGAAGGCCAUUGAAAUUUCCGGGGACGACGGUGGCCAUGCCAAGGAUCAUAAGCGCCUGAUUGGUCGCUUUGUUUGCUGCAAGGCUUGAAGAAGACUAUAUAUGAUUGAUGAUUUUCUCUGGUUCUUAAUCUUAAUUUUUGUAAAUUGUAAUAUAUGCUACUGUGAGCAUUUUGAGUGUACAUCCGAUAGGUGUGCACCGUUAUACGUGAUCGAGUGUGUAUGGCUUGGAUCAUAUACCUUUGUUCAUCGACGUUGUUUGAUAUCUGUAAACAUUUCAAAAAUUGAUUGAUCAUGUAUACCUGAAGUGUGUGUUCAGAACUUGUAAAUAUAUCUCUACCCCGGUUGAUGGCCUC